UUGUCGAUAACCAUAGGACGUAGAGGACUCUCUUUUCUUUUUAUGGAGAAGAAUAAUUUAUUUUGUUGACAAUUUGUUGCCGUUACUUAUUUAUCUUUUUUUAGCUGCUUCUUGUAUCCUGAAAUAAGAUCUGUGGACAUUUUAUUAUGUUUUAUAUUUUGUCUCGUAAGUUAAUGUUGUUAUUGCUUAAUACAGGAUAUUUUGUUACCAUCUUCAAUUGCUCAGAAAGAGAGACGAAAAUAACGUUGAAAGUUUAUGUAAUCAUGUGGAUCUUUCUACCUGUGCUCAAAUUUAUCAUUUCCAAAUUUAUUGGAAUUAUGAGAAGUAUUAUGAAGUUAUUUAUUCCGUUGAAAUAUCAAAUGAAGGACAUUUCUGGCGAGAUUGCUCUCGUCACAGGUGCUGCCGGAGGUCUUGGAAGAGCAAUAGCCAUCGGUUUAGCUAAUCAUGGUGUCAUCGUUGUCAUUUGGGACAUCAAUCAGAACGGUAUCGAAGAAACGAUGGAAUUGAUAAAAGCAGCGGGUGGUACUUGUUACGGAUACGUUUGCGAUGUUCGUAAUCGCGAUGAUAUUUACAAAACGGCUGAAAUUGUUAGAGAAGAAGUUGGUCAGGUAACUAUUUUGAUUAAUAAUGCAGGUGUGAUAAAUAUUGGAAUUUUCUGGAAGACAUCGGAUGAUCUUCUUAGUCGUUUAAUGGAAGUAAAUAUUAUGAGUCAAUUUUGGAAUCUUUUCCAGACUGUCAAAGCUUUCCUUCCGGCAAUGAUAGAAAGCAACACAGGCCAUAUUGUGAAUAUAGCGAGUAUAGCAGGUCUAUUUGGAUGUUACCGAGCCGUAGAUUAUUGUGCGUCUAAGUAUUCAGUUGUUGGUUUCAGUGAAGCAUUACAAUUGGAAUUAGACUUUCAUGGACAUGACGUUAGCAUUACAUCAGUAUGUCCGACGUUCAUUCUCAAUACGGGCAUACCUGCAGCUAAAUUCUCUGGGCAUCUUCCAACUGUUAUUCCGCAAGAUGUUGCUGAAUGUACUGUUACUUCCAUUCGAUCUAAUAGGAAAUUUGUUUUGGUGCCAAAUUACAUGUACUUCCUACUAUUUAUGAAAUGGAUAGUACCACAUCGUUUCUAUUCUAAAGUAUUGAGAUAUUUAAUGCCGAUGGAUCGAACUGAAUUUUAUCCAAUAGAAAGUCAAGAAAAAUAUAAAACACAUUUUUCAAACGCAAGUAAUGUCAUUGCGUCAUGAGCACUAGGCAUGUUCACUUAAUUUUUGCGAAAGAUAUCAUGUACUGAUAUUUAAAUAUUUCUAUAUGAAUAUAUGGAUUAUCAAACAAGAAUAAAGAAUAGAAUCAUCAA